ACCGCUCGCACAGUCACAUCAGCUGUACCAACGAAAGGAAUACUGACCUAAUUAACUGUACAGGAGACGACAACAACGGCCAAACAACAAACCGCAACGACCAGACCCAAGAACCAUUACCAUAUUGCUGUAACUCCAGAAGAAACUGUGCGUGGGACUUGGUGUCAUUGCAGAGAAAGCUCCACCAACCUGUCUGCCUAGAAGCCAAUACAGAGCUGACAAGUGGGCUAUUGACUGCAGCAACUGUGAGAGAGAGGAAGAGGAGGAAGAAAACAGCCAAAGUGAGGAGGAAGAGAGAGGGAGAGAGAGAGAGGCUGGCCAGCCUUUCUGGGGAUAUAACAGAGUUUUUAGUGACAGAGUUCAUUGUCUUGCAGGAGCUUCUCAAGGGGAAAGUAGCCAUUUGAAAAAUCCGUAAUGGCUGAGCUGUCAUCAGCCCAGGUGACCAAGUGCACCUGAGAGCUACUGCUGCUGCACACACUCCAAGCCAGCACCAGACUGUGGGAAUUUACUGCACAGAAGAAAAGCAAAUCUUACAUUGAGGUGGAAAAAAAACAACUGAAAUUCUCUAGAUAUUUUGGCUGGAUUAAUCCGGGUCUUUUUUGGGGGAAGGCUCACCUGAGAGAAAAACAAAUACAGGAGGACAAAUGAUUGUUUGUGGAUUUGUUUCCUGCUGAGCUGUUGAUUAUAUCACAGGUGGAGGCUGCUGGAAUUCAGACGUCCGUAUGCAGGAAUGUAGAUUCACAUAUGGAGAAAGACCCUACAGUUCAUUGUUUGAGCAGCUGAGCCUGUGAAGGCCUCGGAGGCGGCCAUGUUGGAUCUCUUUCUUAGAGAGCUGGUGUUGACCUGUCUUCACCCGUCACCUCGCAGCACCUUGCUGCCAACCUAACUCCUCGCUCCCUCUCUCUUCCCACAUCUCUUUCUUCCACCGCCUGGCUGGGAGAAAGGUCUUUGGUCCCUGUGUAAAAUGUCCUAUGCACACCACAAGCUGCUUACCUGGAGCUUACCUCAAGUCCUCCUCCUCCCGCUGACCUACCUCUUGCUCUUGGCUCCUCCCACAGGUGUGUCAGCAAACCUCUGCCGUGUGACCGGUGGGGUGCUUGGGAUCCACUGGAGCAGUGUCAUCACCUUGGGAUGGUACCCUGUGGCAAUGGGAAAAGGUGGAGCCACAUGCUGGGAGUAUUGCUGCUUGAAACCAAGCUGCAACGCCGUGUGGAGCCUUGGAGGACGGUGCGUGCUUCUCCACUGCACACUUGAUACAGGAUGCCCCAUCUCCAUCCUGCCCCAGCCCCACCACGACUCCCUCGGGCUUCUUCAGCUGCUCUCGAAGGGUCCUGUGUUAAGUAGACGCAGAAGAGCUCUCGAGGCACAGAAUGCAGGAAGCCAAGGACUGCAAAAGAAACAGCUGACCCACACGGGAACACCCAAUCCUAAAGCCGCACACCCGCCUCCAACAGCACCCAGCACCCUCACCCUUCUUCCAACAGCCCAGAAGAACCAUAGCUGGCCGGUUAAUGGGAGUUCAGACAUCGCUGCGGCUAAUUCACAGCAGGACUCACCGGUGGUCAGCGCCGCUAACACUGCUGCGUCUUCCAAUAGCAGCGAAGUCAACACACCCACAGUGACUGCAGCCACCAUCACACCGACUCCAACACAGCCUGUGAGGGAGCUGGUGGUGUCAGCAGGAGAGAGUGUGGAGGUCACGCUGCCCCGAAACACGGUUGAACUCAAUGCCUUUGUCGUCCCAACACCCCCUCCAGGGACAAACUAUGCAUUUGAUUGGCGUCUGAAAACUCAUCCCAAAGAUUACAGCGGGGAGAUGGAAGGGAAGCACAGCAAGACUCUUAAACUAAGCCAGCUGACUGUGGGCUUGUAUGAGUUUGAGGUGACGGUGGAUGGGGAGGGGGCCCAUGGAGAGGGUUUCGUCAAUGUCACUGUCAAACCAGAGCCGCGGGUAAACAAGCCUCCUGUUGCCGUGGUUUCCCCAAAGUUCCAAGAGAUCUCCCUGCCAACCAGCUCAACAGUCAUAGACGGCAGCCAGAGCACAGACGAUGAUAAGGUGGUGGCGUGGCAUUGGGAGGAGGUUAAAGGUCCCCUGAGGGAGGAGAAGGUCUCUGCAGACACUCCUGUCCUCACCCUCACUAGUCUGGUGCCUGGAAACUACACCUUCAGUUUGACAGUCACAGACUCAGAUGGAGCCAAAGACUCGACACAAGCCACUCUCUCCGUCAACAAAGCCAAGGACUACCGGCCUGUAGCCAACGCCGGCCCCACUAAGGUCAUCCAGCUGCCGCGCAACUCCAUCACUCUGUACGGCAACCUAAGCACUGACGACCAUGAUUCUCUGUCAUAUGAGUGGUCCCUGAGUCCUGAGAGCAAAGACAAGGUGGUGGAGAUGCAGGGCGUCAGGACUCCAAUCUUGCAGCUGUCAGCAAUGCAGGAGGGAGACUACACCUUCCAGCUGACGGUGACAGACUCAUCUGGACAGCAGGACACUGCCAAGGUCACCGUUUUUGUGCAACCAGAAAACAACAAGCCUCCUACAGCAGAUGCAGGGCCGGAGAAAGAGCUGACUCUGCCUGUCGAUCGGACCACGCUUGACGGCAGCAAAAGCAGUGAUGACCAGAAGAUUGCCACCUACCACUGGAAACAAACCAAGGGUCCUAAUGGUGUAAAGAUCGAGAAUGCAGACAGCGCUGUUGCCACGGUGACAGGCCUUGAGGUUGGCACGUACGAGUUCACCCUGACCGUGACUGAUGAGAGGAUGCUGCAGAGCAGCGACACUGUGACGGUCAUCGUCAGAGAAGAAGUCGACCAGCCUCCUGUGGCUCAUGUCAUCUCGAGUCCAGCCGUCGCUCUGCCUGUCAGGACCGCCAUGCUGGAUGGAUCUCACUCUAAAGAUGACAAAGGUGGAGUCAGCUACCUGUGGGCCAGGGAUGACAGCAGUCCUGCAGCUGGAGAUGUACUGAACAACUCUGACCACCAGGCGGUGCUAUUUCUUGGUAACCUGGUGGAGGGGAAAUACAGCUUUACUCUGACUGUAACUGACAGUAAAGGACAGACGAGCACAGACAGCGGCACAGUGGAGGUCAAACCAGACAUAUGGGAGCGCGACCUGGUGGAGCUGGUUCUGGAGGUCACCGUAUCGCAGGUGUCCCACCGUCAGCGCGACAUGCUGCUGAGGCAAGUCGGGGUUUUAUUGGGUGUGCUUGACAGCGACAUCAUUGUGAGAGAGAUCAGUGCAUUUAAUGAGCACAGUACUCGUUUGGUCUUCCUGGUGUCUGGCGGUCCAGGACGCCCUCCUCUGUCGGGCCGCAGCGUUGCACUCAGUCUUCGCAACAAACUGCGCAAACAGAAGAAUGACUUUCUCAUCUAUAAGGCCCGGCGGGUGGAUACAGUCAUCUGUCAGUUAAACUGCUCGAGUCACGGCGAGUGUGACUCGUUCACGCGGCGGUGUGUCUGUCACCCGUUCUGGAUGGAGAACUUCAUCAGAGCUCAGCUGGGAGAUGCAGAAAGCAACUGUGAGUGGAGCGUACUCUAUGUGACUAUAGCAUCCUUUAUGAUUGUGGUUGCUAUAGCAACUGUGGUCUGGGGAAUGGUGUGUUGCUGCAACAGGCGUAAAAGUAAAGUGCGAAGAAGCAAAAGCAGGUACAAAAUACUGGAAGCUGAUGAGCAAGACAGUCUGGAGCUACAGCCACCUCGAGCUGUCCGCUUGAAGCCAGUGCCCGCCCCCACCUCCUCUGCACUCAUGCACUCGGACUCUGACCUGGACAGCGACGACGGGCAGGGUGGGGUCCCGUGGACAGAGCAGGAGCGCGGGCAUCUCCUGCGGCCCCAGAACGGCUCUCUGAGGAAUGGCCAGGGUCCUGUGAGAGGCAAAAAGCAGAGGGAAGAGCUGCUAUAGCAAGGGAGAAGGAGGGGAGCUCGCUGCUGCCCUCAUAUACACAGACAUGCCUCCUCACUGCUCCUUCCCAACCUGUUUCUAUUUUAUUCCUCCUCAACACAAAAAAACCUCGCACCUCUCAUUGAUAAAGACAAACCGUAUGUACUUGAGUUGAGGAGAGGAAAAACAUGCUGGAAACAUGUUCUACUGUCACAGAAAAAACACCACUGUACUGAUACUUCCCUGCUCCCACACUGAGCCAAUAUGGAGGAAAAAAAGACACUAAUUUUGCUAAAAAUGAAGGGGUGAGCACUGUGUUUUGAAUGCUUAAAAAAAGACCCCCUUUUAUUUAACACAGAGACAUAAAGAAUGUACUGUCACCCCUCUUCCUGAUGGCACACGCAGCUUCAGUGACACGAAAAAACCAGCCACUUGACACGCUCACACCUUGCCUCUUUGUAGACACGCAUGUACGCACACAAAAACGAAGAUUUCACUCUUUCAGGUCCAACUGAUGCUACCAAACACUGCCAUGUUGAAACUAAUUAACUGCAACAAAUCUGCUACACAUGGUGACUUGAACCAAAAGAGAGCUACGAACAGCAUUAGACCCUUUCCUGAAAACAAAAAAAAUGUGCAUGCAGAGUGGCAGAUUGCAUUUCUGGUGCAGUUUGGUACUGGAAUGAUCGCUUGCAUGUUUGUGUGAUGGGUGUAUGUGUGGAUAUUUUCUGGCUGCUGAGCCAAACUAUGUUUCUUCAGAGCAGUUUGUAUGUUUUUAUGUCUGUUUAAAGCCCAUGAAAGAGUCACAGUUUAAAACAGAAAAAACAUGCUUUUAUUCUGAUGUCACUUUUGAUUAAGUCACUGGAAACACACUGGAACAAACAACGAUAUUAAGUUCUGUCUCAAAGAAGGCGAUAAUGAGGAGAACCUCGCAACACAAGGAACUGGACAGAUGGGAUUGUUUGCUCAUUCACCUUGAUAUUCAUUAACUGCUUGAAACAUGAAGACCACUGUAUGUUUUUUCUGUUUUUUUUUCACUACAAACAAACUUAAGGCUGUGAUUAGAUGCACUUUGAUUUAAUGUUUGUCAGCUUCAGUUUGUCUCACACACUAGCAUUGGUUUAAAUGGGAGAUCAGUAAUAAAAACUGGAAUAUUCAUUUAUAAACACAGGAAUUCAUGCAUUAUGCAUGUAUGAAUAUGACAUUUUUGUUUAUUUUAUGUAUGAAAGAGAAGGAUGUUAUUCAGUAUUCACCAAUCAGCAAUAGCAUUAUGCAAUCCGGUACAACAGCUAAUACAGAAACUAAGGGAAGAUAUGCAUUCAUACACUUUAUAUGACUACGUUUCUCCUAAUAAUAUGGAAGUUCUGGUUAUUUCUCAAGGAAUACUAUUGUAAUCUUGGGAAAAGCAACAAUGUUGGGUUAGAUUCAAGAUAAAGAAAAGUCUUAAUCUAUAGUUCUUGUUUUCACAGGAGAAUUCAUUCAAAUAAAUUCUAUGGACAUACAGUGCUUAACAAAUUUAUUAGACCACCUGUCAUAUUUGUCUCAGAGACAAAGUGCUUUAAUGCGGACUCUUUAAUUUUCAGUGAGCUCUCACCGUUUUACCAUUUUGAA